AGCGAAGGGAGAAAAAAGUGGAGAAAAGGAGAAAGAGAGCGAGAGAGCGCAGGCUGGGAGGAUGUGUAAAAGAAGAAGCGUUGCUAUUUUUUUUUGUUUGUUUGCUUUUCCAUGCAUGCAUAAUGAGGCCUAAUCAGAGCACGUUGCUGCUGCUUGGAGGGCACUUUUGUAUUUAAAGCCUUGCAAAGAAAAAAAGAUCCACAGACGGAUCCGCAGAGCAGCUUGCAGGGCUUGUUGACAACAGAAGCAGCAUCAGUCGCCCACAGAGAAAGAGACUCUCAGAAGGCUGCCUCUUCUCCUUUUCCCGUGCUAUCUUCUUUUUAGCGAGGAAAGACACUUCUCCCCGCCACCCGAAAGUGCGACCCGUACCGAGAGGGAGCGAGCACAGCCGGGACUGUGAAUGGGAUCGGAGCGGCUGGCAUGUGCAGAGAUGCUGCAAGCGGAGAGUUAAAAGCUCCAGAGGCGGCAGCGGCAGCAGCAGCUGGGCAUUUAUUUUGUGCAUUAAAAAAAGGGAAAAAAGAAAGAAAGAAAAAAAAAAAAGACAGAAACGGAACUUCAUGAGGAGCAGGACAGCACCAUGAGCUCUCCUCCCGGCGCAGCUUGCAAGUCCCCCAGCGCACUCCGAAGCCGUUCUCCUCCGAGCCCCCUUUUGCACUGAUUCUCCCCCGCCUCCACCUCCCCGGGCUCCUUUGCCGCCGUCGCCAAGCCAGGAGCAGCGGGUGAGGGGCUCGGGACAGCCCCGGACGCCUGCUUCGUACUGCCGCCCCGCAGGUUUCAGCUCCCGGGGGCUGGAGGGCCCUGGAGCCGGCGCGGAUGGAUUGAUGCGAGGAGACCUCAUGCACACGGCCGGCGAGUGUUUUGCAAACUUUUCCACGGGCGGCCGCUCCUUCUCCUCCUUCUCCUCGUCGUCUACCAGCGUCUCUCCCCCCCUCGCCUGCGGCAGCAGCCGCCGCCCGCGAUGGUGGCCCGCUCGCCCGCUCGGCAGAGAGGAGGCGGCGGAUGCCGCUGGCCGCGGCCGGGCGCCUGGCUUUGGCUGGCGGCGGCGCUGGGCGCCGUGUGGCCGCCGCGGGGCUCGCUGGUGCAAGGCCGGCGGCUGAUCUGCUGGCAGGCGAUGCUGCAGUGUCAGGGGGAGCCCGAGUGCAGCUACGCGUACAACCAGUACGCCGAGGCGUGCGCCCCGGUGCUCCUGCAGCAGCCGCCGGCGGGCGGAGACGGGCCGGCGGCCGCUGCAGCCUCCGCCGCCUCCUCCAGGCGGCGGUGCCCCAGCCACUGCAUCGCGGCCCUCAUCCAGCUCAACCACACCCGGCCCGGCCCGGCGCUGGAGGACUGCGACUGCGCGCAGGACGAGAGCUGCCGCGCCACUAAGCGCGCCAUCGAGCCUUGCCUGCCGCGCACCAGCAGCCCGGCGGCCGGCGGCCCCGGCGGCAGCCCCGGCGGCGGCGGCGGCCCCGGCGUCAUGGGCUGCACGGAGGCGCGGCGGCGCUGCGACUGGGACAGCCGCUGCAGCAUGGCGCUCAGCCGCUACAUGGCCUACUGCGGGAAGCUCUUCAACGGUCUGCGCUGCACGCCCGAGUGCCGCGCCGUCAUCGAGGACAUGCUGGCCGUGCCCAAGGCGGUGCUGCUCAACGACUGCGUCUGCGACGGGCUGGAGCGGCCCAUCUGCGAGUCGGUCAAGGAGAACAUGGCCCGCCUCUGCUUCGGCGCGGACAUGGGCGGCAACGGCGCCGGCAGCAGCGGCGGCUCGGACGGCGGCCUGGAGGAGUACUACGACGAGGACUACGAGGAGGAGCCCAGCCAGAAGGGGAGGGACGACGCGGAGGACAAUGCGGGCUCGGAGCCCGGCUUCCCCGUGCAGACGGACAGCACCGGGCGGCCCGCCGCCGCGGCCUGGGCCCUCUUUGCCUCAGUGUUGUUGCAGCUGCUGCCGCGGCUCUAGCCUCCCUCCUGCCCUCCGCCUCUCCCUUCCUCCUCCCUGCCUCUCCCUUACUCCUUCGCGCCGAGACAGGCCAGUCCGGGCCGAGCCGAGCCCUCCGCGCCGGGCCGCCAUGGCCUUCUGGCGGGGGCCGCGCGGCGCGGUGUGAAGGCUCCGACCAUUAGUCCGGGCGUCGCGUCCCUCUGCCCGCGCUGCUGCCAGCCGCGCCGCCGGCGCGCACCCUUUUCCCGUCCGGGCCAGGCCUCCCUUCCCUUUGCCUCCCCGGCAGCCUUCGGCGGGAGAUGCCGCCGCAUCCUUGCGGACCGGCCGCCGAGGCGUUGUCCGGAUCCCAGCCGGCGGCCGCAGGCCGCUUGUUUUUCGUGUGUUUGUCUCGAGUGUGCACUAUGCAAUUGCUGGCACCCUGACUCCGUCUUAGAAGCGAGCACAGGGGCGAACUGAGAGACUGGUAGCCAGGCUGCGGCGGGCUGGCGGCAGCCGCCCACAGGCCCAGAAGCCAGGAGUAACGGCACGCUGUUAGCGGCUUGCUUUCUUUUUAAGCGUUCUGACAUGAAGGUUAGGAAGAGGUGAGCUACCUAAACUUGCUGCCAAAGCUGUUGCCGUACUGGUUAGACAACAACUUGCUUAUAGUUCGCCAAGUCUCGCUCUUCGUGGUGCAGUGGUGCCUGAAAGGGGAUUACGCCGCAUCUGCCGUUAAUUAAAUUUAAGGAAAUAGCAGCCUGAAUAAAUUCUGUGGUUUACAGCACUCCCUCUUGCACACGCAUCUUCCCUAUGACAAAAGCAUGCCAGCAGCCGUCUCUUUCUCUUAACCUAGCAACAUUAAAAAGAAUUAUUUUUUUUUUCCACGAGUUGUUGGCUGUACUGAACAAUGCAACUUUUGUUUUAAUAGAGCUCUGCACUGCCAUCUUUGAAAAAACACUUUUAAACUCCAGUACAUGUAUGUACAAAUAUCCUGAAAAGUUAUAUUGCCUCUCAUCAUAUCAGGGUGCUGACCUCUGGUAAAUCUUUUAUUAAAAAAAAAAGUAUUUAAAACUGGGAUUUGUUACCAGUCACUCUUCUUUGUAUAUAGAAUUUUAUAAAUUGUAUGCUUUGGGGAUAUUUAUUUAAGAAAAAAAUAAAAGUUUUAAAUCCACAUCCUAUCUGCCAGAUAAUUGCAUUUGCUAUUCUUUUCUGGAAAGGUACAGAUUUCAUUUUAUGUUUAAAGGGAUACCAGCAGCACUGAUUCAAUGAAGUAUUCUCUGGAACAUCAAAUGUACAGUGUAUUUUACAGAUUGGAAGUUAACUUUCUUAUUUGGAGAGACUUUAUGAACGUUGUAGAAUUGUUUAAACGCAUUUCUGUGCUGCCUUAAACCUUGUAUUUUUUUAUAGGAGGCGUUAAAAAGGCCCAUGUUUUAAGUAUGUAUGGCUUUUUGUAUUUUCUAAACGUGUAAUUAGUAAAGAAAGAGCUUUAAAUAA